UGAAGGAGGGGCCGGCCUUGGAGCUCCAGCGACGCAAGAUGGCAGCCACCACGGGCUCGGGAGUAAAAGUCCCUCGCAAUUUCCGACUGUUGGAAGAACUCGAAGAAGGUCAGAAAGGAGUAGGAGACGGCACAGUUAGCUGGGGCCUAGAAGAUGACGAAGACAUGACACUUACAAGAUGGACAGGGAUGGUAAUUGGGCCUCCAAGAACAAUUUAUGAAAACCGAAUAUACAGCCUUAAAAUAGAAUGUGGACCUAAAUACCCAGAAGCACCCCCCUUUGUAAGAUUUGUAACAAAAAUUAAUAUGAAUGGAGUUAAUAGUUCUAAUGGAGUGGUGGACCCAAGAGCCAUAUCAGUGCUAGCAAAAUGGCAGAAUUCAUAUAGCAUCAAAGUUGUUCUGCAAGAGCUUCGGCGUUUAAUGAUGUCUAAAGAAAAUAUGAAACUUCCUCAGCCACCUGAAGGACAGUGUUACAGCAAUUAAUCAAAAACCCCACAGGCCCUCCCCACCAGCCCGCACCCCGAUUCG